AAAGUAGUAGGGAUGGAAUGGUAAGAUAUGAAUGAGGCGGAAAAGACUAAGUCAUAGUUGAAAGUUUACAACAACCAACUACGACUAGGAGUGUUGAUUGAAUAGAAAAUUAAAAAUGAAAUUUGAGUCAAGUCAAACAAUCGAUUGAUGAGGAGGCAGAAGCUGCAAAUAGAAUAGAAUAGAAUAGAAGAGAUCUCAAUCUCAUCCCAUCCCAUCUUUCUUUCUUUCUUUCUACUGGAGAAAAACGUAUGCGAGAUCAGAGAUAUGGGAGUUUGUUUCAGUUCUAAUAAUCAAAGCCCAUCUACCACUGCCCAUUUCAGCUCAGGCAUAUCACAGACGACGAGCAACACGACAUCCUCCUCAACUGUAAGCAACGUCUCCGGGAAUAGCCAAUUCUCAGCAGCCAGCGGCGGAGGAGUUGAUGAGGUGUAUCCAAAUGGGGGACAGAUAUUACCGCAUCCUAAUUUAAGGACAUUUUCUUUUACCGAACUCAAGACCGCUACAAGAAAUUUUAGAAGUGAUACCGUCCUGGGAGAAGGCGGUUUUGGCAAAGUUUACAAGGGUUGGCUUGAUGACAGGGCUUCAUCCAGGACUGCUAGUGGCACUGGCACUGUCAUUGCUGUUAAGAAAUUGAAUUCUGAAAGUUUACAAGGACUUGAAGAGUGGCAGUGUGAGGUUAAUUUUCUUGGAACACUUUCACAUCCUAACCUGGUCAAACUCUUGGGAUACUGCUGGGAAGAUAAAGAACUAUUGCUUGUCUAUGAGUUUAUGCAAAAGGGCAGCUUGGAGAACCAUCUUUUUGGAAGGGGCUCUGCUGUUCAGCCACUUCCAUGGAAUAUAAGGCUUCAAAUAGUGAUCGGUGCAGCCCGAGGCUUGGCAUUCCUACAUGCAUCAGAGAAGCAAGUCAUUUACAGAGACUUCAAGGCCUCAAAUAUAUUACUUGAUGGCUCUUACAAUGCAAAGAUAUCAGAUUUUGGCUUGGCCAAACUCGGUCCUUCGGCUAGUCAAUCACAUGUGACAACACGGGUGAUGGGAACGUAUGGUUAUGCUGCUCCUGAGUAUGUUCAAACAGGACACUUGUACGUGAAAAGCGAUGUGUAUGGUUUUGGUGUUGUGUUAGUGGAAAUGCUAACAGCUCUACGGGCACUAGACACAAACCGCCCAAGCAAUCAGCAUAAUCUGGUUGAAUGGAUUAAGCCACAUUUAUCUGAUAGAAGGAAGUUGAAGGACAAGAUGGAUUCGCGGCUGGAAGGAAGAUAUCCAUCCAGAGCUGCAGUUCAAAUAGCACAACUGGCACUGUCAUGUCUUGGACCUGAACCUAAAACCAGACCAGGAAUGAAAGAAGUAGUGGAGAAACUAGAACAGAUUGAGGCAGCCAACGAAAGACCCAAGGAGCCUAGAAUAACAUCCAGACAUCAGACUGCUUAUAGAUACGGUCAGCCACCUUUGCACCAUCGUUCUCCACUUCAUCCAAGGAACGAUGUAAAUCGAGCCUAUCCACUCCCAAGAAGAGCAUCAUGAAUAUGAUAAUACUAUAUAGCUAUGUUAACUUAGUUGUCCAAAUACAAAUGUUGUCUGUUUGUUUUUUUUUGGUUGCCUGACGUCUGAGCUUGUGAGAUGAAGUGUCAAGGCUCUGUAUGGCAUUGGGUUGUGCUUGUUUCAGUGAUAUAUGUAAAGAGUUCAUUAUUUUGUACAUUGAAGGAGAUUCAAGACUUCCAGUCCCCUGUGUUAUGGA